CUGUGUGAAAGUUGUAGAGAAGUUAGGUGGCAAGUGCCAAGUGGCAACGGAGCUUUUAAUAGUCCAAAGCCCUGUUGAUAACAGGCAUGGCCAGCGAUGAUGAUUUUACCGGAAAAUAUGUCAACUUUAACAAACUCGAUUCAGAUGUGCAACUACUUAUAAAGGAAAGCGUAAAAGCUCGAAAUAAUGCUUACUGCCCGUACAGCAAUUUUAGGGUGGGUGCAGCCCUGCUGACAGAUUCAGGUGCCGUUUAUCCAGGGUGCAAUGUUGAGAACAUUUCCUACGGUGCGAGCAUUUGCGCCGAAAGGGUUGCAGUCUGCAAUGCCAUCAGCUCAGGCGACUGUAAUAUUAAAAAAAUUGUUGUCUGUGCUGAUUCUAAUGAAGGUCCUGUCUCACCCUGCGGAAUGUGUAGGCAGUUCAUUGUCGAAUUCAGCAAAAAUAAGGACAUCGCAAUAUACUUGACCAGUUCGAAGUUGGACAGCAAAAUUGUCGUCACCUCUAUACGAGAACUGCUUCCACGCGCUUUUAUCACUUUUAGAGAUAUUAGUUAAUAAGUUAUUCUUUUUCCUAGUGUUUAUCAUCCCACUGUUACAUAAAACUGAGCUAUUUAAACUCGAUUUGUGAUUAUUAAAGAUAUGUUGCAGAUAAAUAAAAACACAAUUGAAAAA